AUGGGUAGUGCAGGGCAGGAUAUGGCAAAGAUGCGCGUCAAGGAGGUGCGCAUUUACCCUAUCAAGUCGAUCAGAGGUGUCAGCUUGCAGUCCUCUCAAGCCACGGCGAUGGGAUUCUUCUACGACCGAAUCUUCAUGUUACAGCGAGUGAAGGAUGACAAGAAUAUGCAUGUGCCUCACUUUCCUUCAAUGUGCCUCUUCACCACUCAGCUGUCUCCUUCAGAUGCGCAUCCUGAUAAAGUACUUGUCCGCUUUGCCCUAGAUCAUACCUUUGACCAGCCAGAGAAGAGAUUACCUAAAGAGGAGGAAGUCCUCGAAGUACCCUUAGCGCCGGACGUGGAUGGGCUUAAGACGGUUGAAUACACGCUGCAUCAAACAGUAACAAAAGGAUACGUCAUGCCAGAGAAGAUGUGCAAAUGGUUCAGUGAUCGAUUUGGAUUCGAGGUCAGAUUGAACUACAUUGGCGGCAACAAGCGUGAGGUUCUUGGCACUGUGAAUCCGAAUGCACCUCAGGUCUAUGUCGGAGAUCCAGAUCCCAAGAAAGCAGCUGCUCAGAAAUCAUCCUCCAGCGAUGGUGGUUGGCUAGGUGGUAUCAAAGCAGGAGUUGAAAACCUGGUUGGAACAGUCGCAAGCUACGCUGGAGUGGAAGGAUACAAAGGCGUCAACGAUGGAAUAACUUACGCGGACCUAGCACCAUUCCUCGUUGUGAAUUGGAAGUCCUUCUUGGAGGCACAAGAACGCGUCGGGACCACCAUUGACAUGGAGAAGUUCAGGCCAAAUAUCGUGGUCGAGGGAGCUGAGGAUAAGUGGGAAGAGGACUACUGGAACGAAAUUAGUAUUGGAUCCGAGGAGAGUGGCAGUCGAAUAGUUUUUACGGCCAAUUGUCCCAGGUGUGCUAGCAUAAACGUCGAUUAUGCAACAGGCAGACCAGCUGAGGAUGCUCAAGGUCAGCUCCUGAAGUCGUUGCAGUCAGACAGAAGAGUCGAUCCAGGCAUGAAAUACUCGCCCUGCUUUGGGAAGUAUGGAUUUUUGUCACAGAAGAAUGGGAUGCGGCCAACUCAUCCUAUCACGAUCACAGUUGGUGAUGUGGUGGAAAUCACGAAGAAGAACGACAGGAUGACCCAUCUCUGUAAGUCAAAAGCCUCUAUUCCGUCUACUUUACCUACUAUGUCCCAUGAGGAUGCCCCUAUUUCGCCUUGUAUCCAGAUUCAAACACCGUCUUGCAACAAUCUCUCUAGUUAA